AUGUGCGAGUACUCGAAAGCACUUUCAUCGUAUGAACGAUCACUUGAAAUCCGUAAAAUAGCUCUCCCUCCGAAUCAUCCCGAUUUGGCUGGUUCCUACAACAACAUCGGUAUGGUGUAUGAUAACAUGGGCGAGUACUCAAAAGCACUUUCAUCGUAUGAACGAUCAGUUGAAAUCUAUAAAAUAGCUCUCCCUCCGAAUCAUCCCGACUUGGCUACUUCCUACAACAACAUCGGAUUGGUGUAUGAUGAAAUGGGCGAGUACUCGAAAGCACUUUCAUCGUACGAACGAUCACUUGAAAUCCGUAAAAUAGCUCUGCCUCCGAAUCAUCCCGACUUCGCUCAAUCUUCCAACAACAUCGGUAAUGUGUAUGCUAAUAUGGGCGAGUACUCGAAAGCACUUUCAUCGUACGAACGAUCACUUGAAAUCAGUAAAAUAGCUCUACCUCCAAAUCAUCCCGACUUGGCUACUUCCUACAACAACAUCGGAUUGGGGUAUGGUGAAAUGGGCGAGUAUUCGAAAGCACUUUCAUCGUACGAACGAUCACUUGAAAUCCGUAAAAUAGCUCUCCCUCCGAAUCAUCCCGACUUCGCUCAAUCUUACAACAACAUCGGCUCGGUGUAUUAUAACAUGGGCGAGUACUCAAAAGCACUUUCAUCGUAUGAACGAUCAGUUGAAAUCCAGAAAAUAGCUCUCCCUCCAAAUCAUCCUGCCUUGGCUUCUUCCUACAACAACAUCGCUGUGGUGUAUGAUGAAAUGGGCGAGCACUCGAAAGCACUUUCAUCGUAUGAACGAUCACUUGAAAUCAGGAAAAUAGCUCUCCCUCCGAAUCAUCCCGACUUGGCUGCUUCCUACCUCAACAUCGGUACGGUGUAUAAGAACAUGGGCGAGUACUCAAAAGCACUUUCAUCGUAUGAACGAUCACUUGAAAUCCAGAAAAAAGCUCUCCCUCCGAAUCAUCCCAACUUGGCUGCUUCCUACAACAACAUCGGUAUGGUGUACGAUGAAAUGGGCGAGUACUCGAAAGCACUUUCAUCGUAUGAACGAUCACUUGAAAUCAGGAAAAUAGCUCUCCCUCCGAAUCAUCCCGACUUGGCUGCUUCCUACCUCAACAUCGGUACGGUGUAUAAGAACAUGGGCGAGUACUCAAAAGCACUUUCAUCGUAUGAACGAUCACUUGAAAUCCAAAAAUAG